AUGCCUCGCAUCAAGACAGAACUUCGCGAAUAUGCCAAGCGAAGGGCAACCACUGGCCCAUACGCGGACAACCUCGAAGUCGAUGCACUCGUCGUUGGAGGAGGCUUUGGUGGUGUCUUCUGCUUCUACGAGCUGAGGAAAGCAGGAUACAACACCGUCAUCUAUGAAGCUGGCAAUGACCUGGGAGGCACAUGGCGCUGGAACUGCUAUCCUGGAGCCAUGGUGGACUCUGAAAUACCCGAAUACCAGCUCUCAAUCCCCGAGACGUACAAGGACUGGACAUGGCCGUCAAACUACCCGACCUAUCAAGACCUUAGGGCAUACUUCGACCAUUGUGACAAGGUGUUGGACAUCAAGAGCCAUACAGCCUUCGACAGUGUCGUUGUUGAAGCACAGUUCAAUACUGAUGAAGGCCGCUGGCAUGUCCAGACUGCCGACGGACGGAUGGCCAAGGCCAGAUUUUUCGUGGUCGCCGCCGGCUUUGCAGCCAAACGUUAUGUUCCUGACGAGUUUGUCGGCAUCGAAAAGUUCAAAGGAGAGGCCCAUCACUCGUCCUUCUGGCCCGACUUGAACAUUGAUGUUAGCAACAAAAAGUGCUGUGUUAUUGGCACUGGUGCUUCCGGAGUCCAAAUCACGCAGGCUUGGGGACCCAAAGCAGGGCAUCUGAAGGUCUUCCAAAGGACGCCCAACUUGGCCGUCCCUAUGCGUAAAAGAGCUCUCACAGCAGAAGAACAGAACGCUAUCAAGCCAGUAUAUCCAGAACUCUUCAGCCUCCGAGAGAAGUGUUUCGGUGGCUUUCUGUACACAUUCUCUGAACGUGGUACCUUUGAAGAUACUCCGGAAGAGCGCGAAGCAUUCUAUCGCAAGCUGUGGGAAGAUGGAGGCUUUCGAUUCUGGCUCGGCAACUACAAGGACUACCUCUUCGACCGCAAAGCAAACCGAGAAGCGUACAACUUCUGGGCCAAGAAUGUCCGAUGCCGCAUUGGCGAUCCGAAGCAGCGAGAACUCCUUGCACCGUUGGAACCACCGCACCCAUUUGGGGUCAAGCGUCCUUGCCUCGAGUUCAACUACUAUGAACAAUUCAACCGCGAGAACGUUGAGGUGGUCAAUAUCAAGAACAAUCCCAUCAAAGAGUUCACCGAGACCGGCAUCAGGCUCCAAGAUGGAACCCACCAUGAAUUCGAUGUCGUUUGUAUUGCAACCGGAUUCGAUAUCACAACAGGUGGAAUGACGGCAAUGGGUCUCCGCAAUAUAAAUGGCACCUAUCUUCGAGAUGAGUGGAAAAAGGCCGCCUAUACCUACCUAGGCACAACAAUCAGCGGAUAUCCAAACAUGUUCCAUCUAUACGGACCUCAUGGCCCAACCCUCUUGAGUAACGGCCCAACGAGCGUGGAGGUGCAAGGCCGUUGGAUAGUUGACGCUAUCAAACAAAUCGACCGACAAGGACUCAAGUACAUCAACCCAACUGAUGAGGCUUCGAAAGCAUGGAAGAAAAAGAUCAACGAACUGUCCGAUAAGAGUCUGUUCCCGACAACAAAGUCGACCUAUAUGGGAGGAAGCAUGCCAGGCAAAGCAUUUGAACAAGUGAACUAUGCAGGAGGACUGCCUGCUUAUGCUGAAGACAUCCGGGCCGUGCUCCCUGAUUUCGUUGGCUUUGAGAAAGUCAAGAAGUGA